CUUCCUUCAUGUCAGUUUGUGAUGUACUUUAACCCACCGUCUCCUUGACGUCUUCACUCCGGAGGCAGGGUGUCUGGUCCACCGCUGAGAACGUUUUUUUUGAGCCGAAUCGAGCCCUCACCACUCCCAGUUCACCAUGGCCAAGAGAGUCGUCAGGACCAGUAAGUUCCGUCACGUCUUCGGCCAAGGCGUGAAGGCGGACCAGUGCUACGAUGACAUCCGCAUCUCCCAGAUGACCUGGGACAGCAACUUCUGCUCCGUCAACCCCAAGUUUGUGGCCAUGAUUGUGGACGCCAGUGGCGGCGGAGCCUUCAUGGUGCUGCCCCUGCACAAGACCGGGCGUAUCGACAUGUCCUACCCGACCGUCUGUGGCCACACGGGUCCGGUCCUGGACAUCGAGUUCUGCCCUCACAACGACAACAUCAUCGCCAGCGGCUCUGAGGACUGCAGCGUCAUGAUCUGGGAGAUCCCGGACGGCGGGCUGACCACGUCGCUCACAGAACCGGUGGUGAAACUGGAGGGACACUCCAAGCGCGUGGGCAUCCUGAGCUGGCACCCCACUGCCCACAACGUGCUGAUGACCGCAGGCUGCGACAACGUGGUGAUCCUGUGGAACGUGGCCCGUGGGGAAGCCGUGGUGAGGAUCGACACCGUGCACCCCGACCUCAUCUACAGCGCGUCCUGGAACCGGGACGGCUCCAGCAUCCUCACCUCCUGCAAAGACAAGACGCUGCGGGUGCUGGACCCCAUCAAGGGCACCGUUCUCCUCGAGCGGGAGAAACCUCACGAGGGCUCCAGGCCUAUCAGGGCCGUGUUCGUGUCCGAUGGGAAGAUUCUGAGUACCGGCUUCAGUCGCAUGAGCGAGAGGCAGGUGGCGCUGUGGGAUCCGAAGAACUUCAAGGAGCCGCUGACCCUGCAGGAGCUCGACACCAGCAGCGGCGUCCUCCUGCCCUUUUUUGACCCAGACACCGGCGUCGUCUACCUCUGUGGCAAGGGAGACAGCAGCAUCCGUUACUUCGAGGUGACGGACGAAGCUCCCUACGUCCACUACCUGUCCAUGUACAGCAGCAAGGAGAGCCAGAAGGGGAUGGGGUACAUGCCCAAGAGGGGGCUGGAGGUCAACAAAUGUGAAAUUGCCAGGUUCUACAAACUCCACGAGAGGAAAUGUGAACCUAUAGUCAUGACUGUCCCUCGCAAGUCGGAUCUGUUCCAGGAGGAUCUGUACCCGGACACCAUCGGUCCAGAGCCCUCGGCCGAAGCCGACGAGUGGUUCGAAGGCAAAAACGCUCCGCCUAUUAUGAUCUCCCUAAAGGAUGGGUUUGUAGCGACCACUAAAGCCAAGGAGUUCAAAGUUCACAAGAGUCUCCUGAAGACCACGGCCGCUUCUGCUGGGAGUCAACAGGACGGCGGCGAGGAGGUCCAGUCCUUGAAGAAGGAGGUGAAAGACCUGAAGGCGGCGCUGGAGGAGCUGAGCAAGCGUGUGAGUGAGCUGGAGACCAAGGAUUAAAAGUGGGAUGCGAAAACGAGAAAAUCAAACCGAGAACAGAAGUCUACGGAGGAGUGGCGCCACUCGUACAGACGAAGAAAGCGAGAAAACUGUUGUUCACUUUUGGUCCCAGCGAUACAAAGGGAACAGAUGUUAUGAAACUGUUUUUCUUCUUUUUUUUUUGGUAGCUUAAAGCAUGAGUUAGUUUAUUUGAUUUUCUGUGACCCGUUUUACAAAUUCCUUAUUUUAAUAUAUGCUUUUUGUUUGAAAUAAAGUCUUUUGUAUUUCCAAA